AUGUCGGCUCAACAAGCAAACAUUACUGGUAAUAACCAAGUUGCAGCAUCACAUCGUGUUACGGACACGUUUUCUUCAUCUCGAUCCUAUGCGCCUGAAUAUCAAGUACAAACUGUUUACACAACUCAACGUCGUUUGUGCGAACAUUUACGUGAAGAGGCAAGACGUGAACGUACGAAAGUAUCUGUUGUUUGCAAAGAUCUCGUUCGGUAUGUAACCGAUCAUCAAUCGAAUGAUGUUCUUGUUGUCGGUUUUCAAUCGCCGAAAGACAAUCCAUUUCGUGAUAAACAGCAGUGUUCAUUACUUUGA